AUAAGGUGGUGGUCAAGGCUUUUGUUCUUAAAUAUCAAAACUGUCGAAAACGAGAACACGGGAAAUUAAACUACUUGCUAAUGCUUCAACUUCAACCUUUUCACAUCAAUUAUAUUUCUUCCUUCAAAUUCAACUGAAGCAGUAAACGUGAGCAUAUUCCUUGUCGUGAAACCUAUUCAAGAGUCAGGACAUCAUUCCUCCUAUAUAAGCCAUAACUGCCCCAGCUUCAUUCUCAAACCAUAAUAUUUCACUUCACAAUACCAAACAAAACAGCCAACCGCACGUACCAGAUUGAAAGAGCUUUUUCUGCUUCUGUUUUUUGUAGGAAACCAUGCAUCGCUCAUCCGUCGUUAAAUUCCAGCGUCAAUUUCUCACCCGAGCCUCCCAAACUCAGAUGACGAUGAAUCGUGUUAUUAAACCUUGUGAUGUGUUCAUUAACCAUAGAGGCAUUGACACCAAACGAACCGUAGCCACGUUGCUCUACGAUCACCUUUCCCGGUUAGCCCUACGUCCUUUCUUGGACAACAAGAACAUGAAACCAGGUGAUAAGUUGUUUGAGAAUAUCAAUACAGCAAUUAGGCAAUGUAAGAUAGGGGUAGCUGUGCUGUCUCCUCGUUAUUGCGAUUCAUACUUCUGCCUUCAUGAGCUAGCUCUUAUAAUGGAGUCCAAGAAGAAGGUGAUUCCCAUCUUCUGUGACAUCAAACCAUCGCAACUUCGCAUUGUGGACAAAGGACUCUGCUCAGCAAAGGAAAUGCAGAGGUUUAAUUGGGCUCUCGAAGAGACAAAGUACACCGUAGGGCUCACGUUCGACUCUCUAAAAGGGAACUGGUCGGAGGUGGUAACAAACGCAUCGGAUAUUGUCAUCAGAAGCUUAAUUGAGAUGGAGAAUGAAAAGCAAAUGAGUCGCCGAAAGAUUCCGAUGCCUGCAUAGUACAUUUAACAUACUAAUCCAAAGCCUUCAUCAUGUGGUUCCAAUUAUUUGUUGAAUUCCUGUUAAUAAAUUGUAAAACGAUCAAUUCGUUUAUUUAUUUAUUUAUUUGUUUAUUCACUUGCUUACAGCUAAUUAUGCUUUGUAAUAAAACCAUAUCCAUGGUGUACGACUACGAGGGUCACACUGUAAUAUGUAGAUACUUCAAUAACGGAGGUAUCAGUAAUUUACU